CAUUCUCUUCUAUAUAUAUCUAACAACCCAGAAACAAAUAAUGAAGUUUCUUAUUGCUCUUUGCAUCAUCUUGUGGGCAUGUGCAUACAAUGCCAUGUCUCGAACAUUGUCCGAACCAUCCGUUGUUGAAGCACAUCAACAAUGGAUGAUGAAAUAUGGACGCACGUAUACAAAUAAUUCCGAGUUGGAGAAACGUAGAAAGAUAUUCAAAGAGAAUUUGGAAUACAUAGAGAAUUUCAACAAUGCUGGUAAUAAGAGUUAUAAUCUAGGCCUAAAUCUAUAUUCUGAUUUAACUAGUAAAGAGUUUAUUGCUUCGCACACUGGACUUAAAGUUCCAAGACAUCUUUCUUCAUCCAAGAAAGGGUCAAAUACAAUACACUUUAACCUGAGUGAUGAUGUUCCAACAAAGUUUGAUUGGAGAGAUGAAGGAGCUGUUACUGAUGUUAAGAACCAACAACGUUGUGGAUGCUGUUGGGCAUUUUCAGCUGUGGCAGCUAUAGAAGGUAUUGUGAAAAUCAAAACAAAUAGUUUGACAUCAUUAUCGGAGCAACAAUUGGUUGAUUGUGAUGAACAGAACCAAGGGUGCAAUGGAGGUUUUAUGGAUGAUACAUUCAAGUAUAUAAUACAAAACCAAGGCAUUGCUAGUGAAGCUGAAUAUCCAUACCAAGGAAAUGAUCAAACCUGCCAAUUUAAUGAUCAAAUGACACCCGCGGCUCAAAUAACUAGUUUUGUAGAUGUACCUGCUAAUGAUGAACAACAACUACUACACGCUGUGGCACAACAACCAAUAUCAGUUGGUAUCGCUGUUGGUACUGAAUUUCAAUUAUACCAGAAAGGGGUUUAUUCAGGAACAUGUGGAAGAGAUUUAAACCAUGCAGUUACCGCAGUUGGUUAUGGUGUAAGUGAAGAUGGAACUAAGUAUUGGUUGAUUAAGAAUUCGUGGGGUAAAGAUUGGGGCGAAGAAGGCUACAUAAGGAUGCUGAGGGAGAGUGGUGAAUCCGAAGGUCAAUGUGGCAUUGCUGCGCAUGCUUCUUAUCCCACUAUAUAGUAUUUUCAUAUGAAUUUCAUGAUAUCAGUUCUUGUUUUGUCAUAAAUAAAUUUUCUUUGUUGUCCUUAA